AUGAACGCAUCAGGUAACGGCAACAACGACUACCCGAUGCAUCCCGAAGGCGGCAACGACCACAUGAUGCAUCCCGAAAACGAGCAGCGGAUGAAGGGCAAGGGGAGACAGAAGAUCGAGAUGGCGAAGAUCGAGAACGACACCAAUCUCCAAGUCACCUUCUCGAAGCGCCGCGCUGGCGUCUUCAAGAAGGCGAGCGAGCUGGGCACGCUGUGCGGCGCCGAGUGCGCCCUCGUGGUCUUCUCCCCGGGCAACAAGCCCCACUCCUUCGGCCACCCCAGCGUCGAAGCUGUCACCAACAGGUUCCUCCAAGCGAACGGGGGCGGGGGAGUGGCUCCGGCGCUGGUGAAUGCGGCGGAGAGGAUGAUCAUGGUCCACAGCGAGGCGGCCACGGCGCAGCGCAACAAGGAGCUGGUGGGUUUGGAGACGCGGGUGGAGCAGGCCAAGCAGCGGAGGAGGGAGCUGGACGGAAUGGUGCCGCCGCUGCAGAUGGAGAACCUCAGCUACGAGCAGCUGGAGCAGCUGAGGAACUCGGUGUUGAUGUACAAGCACGGUGUCGGAGCCAAGUUCGGUGGUGGGGCGGCUUCGUCGGUGGGCCCCGAGUAUGGAUACACGGUGCAGUAUCCGGCGAUGGGGGCUUACAAUUAUGAAGAUCCUUCCGCUGUUGUUCCCUAUGACCCCGCCACCGGCAACUACCACCACCACCACCCUGGGUAUUAG